AUGAGGCUGCAUACGCGCAACCAGUCGGACGUGGCGUGCAAGCUACGCGCGGGCGACGGCAUCUCGGCGAUCACGGAGCUCGCGCCAGGCCUCGUCACGGGUCCGCUCUCGGUCGUAUGGCGACACGUCAUCGAGACGCUCACCGGUCAUUUCGACAUGGGACCACACCAGCUUAUGGUCGCCGCAUACGACUGGCGCCUCCCGCCGUCCAUGCUGCAGGAGCGCGACCACUUUUUCUACACCAUGCUCAAGCGCAUCGAGGACGCAGUGCACUUGCAUCAAAGCCGAGGCGUCGUCAUCAUCGCACACUCGCUUGGCAACAACGUCUUGCGCUACUUUCUUGCGUGGGUCAAACACCACAUCCACUUGACCGACGACGUCCACGAGGCGUGGGUUCGACGCCACAUUGCCGCCUACUUUGCGCUCGGCACGCCGUUUCUCGGGAGCUCCGAGCCGCUCGAAUGCCUUGUCACGGGGCUCUCGGUGAAAAUGCCGCUGUCACUCGACACGUAUCGUCGCCUGCAAACCUCGCACGGCUCGACCCAGUGGAUCCUGCCGAUUCCACGCACGCUGCACGACGACCCGACCGACGCGCAGGCGCAACAAGCCUUUGCUUCGGUGACGUUCCCUGGCGAGGCUGGCACCACCGUCACGCGCAGCUUCUCCAUGCGCGAGCUCACCAACGGCACGUUCCAUCGCGCCAUGGCAGCGCGCGAUCCGACGUUCGAGGACCUCGAAUACGUGCGGGAGCGGUACUAUGCGCAGGAUCCCGUGCUCAACGUGCACACGCCAUGGACGCGACCGCCCAUCGAAUCGAUCUACGUCAUUUACGGUACAGGCAAAAAGGUGCGCCAUCGGUAUACGUAUACCGAGCGCGAGCGCGGGGCAUGGACGCUGAACGAGCUCUUCACCGAGACGCCGGACGCGGCGACGUGCAACAAGACGGGCGACGGCACCGUGUCCUACUACUCCCUCUCGUGGGGUCACACGUGGCUCGGCGCCGACGGCGACAGCGUCACAAUGACGCGCGCGCCGCAAGCGCCGUACUUUUCCCGCCAAGACAUUGCGCAAACGAAAGCCACGCGCGUCAAGUACGCAGAGUACCAAGGCGGCCUCCAAUGCAAGUCGUCCGAGUCGCCGUCGCUGGCGUCGGCCGAGACGCAAGCCAUGCAAAUGCACUACAACAGCGGGUUUCUCUCCGACCUCUGGAGCUCGGCGAGCGACGAGCCGCGGAUUCAUUUUUUCGAACACUCGGGCGUCUCGCCGUCAGGUCGUUCUCUCCACACGAGCGUGUGGGAGUUUGACCUGAUCCAACACCGUGAAAUGUUGUCCGAACCAGCGUUUUUGCGGGAACUCAAAUUUGAGCUGCACAACGUGUUUGACGGCAAGGCCCACACGGACAAGGCAUUUCGACCGCCGAGCCACGACGCAGACUGCUACUGGAACUACCGCCAAGCCCGCUGCGAAUUUACCGACUAUUGUCAGUACGACUACAAAUUCGGGGACGUCACGUUGGACCAGUCGUGCCGCGUGAAAACACCCGUUCGGCUCGCACCCCACGCUAAUAGUGUUGUGCUGCCGACAAGCGUGGACCAGUGCGACGCGGCUUUCCCGCACGUUGUCGCCAAGCGAUGCUUAGAAACCCACGACGAGACAUCUUCGUAAUGACCAAUGUAGCCACCUCGCUACGCCAUCAAAUAUAUAUGUGUAUAUAUAUGUAUACUG